UGAAUUAAUAAGAGGAAUAUGCUACGUAAUGGCCGCCACUGAGCUGUGUUCUCCCGGUAUUUACACCCAUGACCGUUUUAUCCCAUAUCGACCCCACCUAGAUGUGGAUGUGGCCCACGCCCGGGUGAUGAGUCCACCCAGCGAAACCAAGAACCACUCACUUUGGGGCAACGACCAUCAGCUGCUUUACAGUGAUGUUCUCGAUGAAAUUCUCGAUUCUCCGGGUCAAAAACGAGUAUUGCCCAUAGCACCAUGUCAAAGUCCGGAUUCACAGAGAUCUUCUGUGUCACCCACAGGUUGCCCCAAAAUAUGCUCCAGGAAGAUGAGAAGAAAGGUGGUCACAUCACCCAAAAAUAUACUGGAUAUGCCAAAAAUUCGAAAUGAUUUCUACACAAAUGUCCUUGACUGGGGACGUUCCAACAAGAUUGUAGUUGCCUUAGAACAAACAACAUACAUCUGGGAUGUCGAUUCAAAGGUUUGCAAGAAAGUUAACAUCGUCCCGGAGGAUGAAACCUCCUCUAAUUAUGUGUCUGCUGUCUGCUGGAACAACGAGGGCUACCUGGUGGCAACUGGAGACAACCAGGGUCAUCUGAAGGUCUUCGAUCCUGAAAUGGAAAAAAUAAUACACGAUUUGAACGUAGAUGAGAAGACUACAAUAAGUGUGAUAAAAUGGAGAAACAACGAAAUCUACACGGGAGAUCGCAAAGGGAGAGUUUGCCAGUACGAUCUAAGAUGUCCUGUUUUAGCUGGUAGACUAAUUGGACGGGGGUUAGACAUUUGUGGUAUGGCACUGUCCAGUAAUUCUCACGAAAUGGUGACGGGUGGUAACGGGGGUAUUGUGCGGUUGUGGGAUCUGCGCGCGCAGCAUUGCUUCAGGACGAUUAAAGCACACAGUGGAUGCGCUAAGGCGCUGGCAUGGUGUCCAUGGCGAAGCAGUAUCAUAGCAACGGGAGGGGGAGCACAAGAUGGGUACAUCAAACUGUGGCAGAUUCACACGGGGGAACUGAUAGCGAAAAUGUCAACCAAAUCUCAGGUGUGUGGGUUAUUGUGGUCACAAGAGUACCAAGAACUUGCUUCCAGUCACGGUUCAGUAACACCAGAAAACAACGACAUUGUGCUGUGGAGGAUGUCAAGAUUUCAAUUCGAACCCCUUGCAAAACUUCAACAGCACUUAGCACGCCCUCUACACAUGACGCUAAGUCCUAAUGGGACUACAAUAGCCUCCGCCGGAGUAGAUGAAAUGAUGUGUAUCUGGGAAUGUUUUCCGGAAAAUCGCGACAACUACCGGAAACAAUCUUCGUCGCCACUCGCUCUGAAUCAAGUGAUCCGAUGAUAAUGGUUACCUUGGAGACUUGCAUCAAGAAAGCUUCUACAAAAACAUUUUGAUUGUUUUGAGCAUGUUAAAAGCUGUUUGAAUUUGUAAAUAUGAAUAGUUACUGUGUUAUAAUUGUUACGUAUUAAAAAUUAGUGCAUGUUCA